AUGCCGCCCUUCACCCAGACCGACACUACCCUCUACCGCAAAGAUGUGGCCUCCGGAGGUCGUUCGCUUACUGCCGCAGAGCGCGAGAAGCUCCUUCAGCCAUAUCUCCCUGCUCCGCAGUCAGAUUCCACCGCGAUGGACUCUAGAUGGUCCGCGACCGGCCCCCAGAAAAAGUACAGAGGCCACAGACGAAGAGUGCGGCCACUCCUGAAAGCAAAACUGCACUUCCUUGUUUUCUUCCUCAUCCAGCUUGUCUUUGGUAUCUACAUCCGCCUACGUCAAAUUUACAAUGCCACGUUCGACCGUUUAUUAGCCAUUCGACAUUAUCACCACCGCUCCCCCGAACUCAUUCAAAGAGAUGUACAAAACCUUGAACGAAUACCAGAGCAUCUGAGCGUUAUCCUCAAAUUCAAAUCAAAGGAAGAUGGUGGACUAGAAGCAUUGAUGGAUGAAGUCGCCGAAUUGUGUGCCUGGUCCGCGGCCGCAGAGAUCCCGCUGUUGAGCGUAUAUGAGAAAUCGGGCAUCCUAAAGUCCUAUAUUCCAUCCUUGAAAGAGUUGGUGGAGCAGAAACUAGCCUCAUACUUUGGCCCCCCUCCUACUACACCUGUUCUGAGAGUCUUUGCUCCAAAUCAUCCAUCUAUGGCUCCCUCGCCUUCACCGUCGCCGCAAAUCGCCGUGCAGACAGGCAAUGGACACACACACCCCUCGACGGCUACCAAGCGACAGCCUCUCGAUCUUCUCCUGCUGUCGGCAGCCGACGGUAGAGACACCCUAGUUGACCUGACCCGAACUUUGGCCGAGAUGUCUCAGGCACAAAAGCUCAGCCCAAAGCAUAUCACGUCCAAACUGAUCGACACCGAAAUUAGCGCGACCACAUCGAUCCUAGGUUUACGGGCGACAGGCGGCCACAGCACUAGACCAUUGGAUAGGCUAUCGGACAAGGGACCUGAUCUAGCAGAGCCCGACCUCGUCAUUGUUUUCGGCCCGUACGUGAAGCUGGACGGAUAUCCUCCGUGGCAGGUCAGACUCAGCGAGAUCUUCUGCGUGGGUGACUCUGGUGGGGAUGUCUCUGGCAGUGGCAGUACCAGGGUCGAAUAUCAGGCCUUCUUGAGAGGUCUGUGGAAAUAUGCUGGUGCCGAAAUGAAAUUUGGUAGAUGA